CCCUGUUUUUUUCUGCAGCGGUUGCCUGUGUCAUGGCGACUCCUGGCCCUGUAACUCCGAAGGAACCCUUUGACCUAUCGCAGCCCCCGGUCAUUGAGGGUUUUAGCGCUAAUGUCUACAGCAACUCGGAAAGCUUCAAGGAAAAGUUCCUUCGCAAGACCCGCGAGAACCCAAUGGUGCCCAUAGGCUGCCUGGGAACGGCGGCCGCCCUCGGCUACGGACUGUACUGCUUCCACCGGGGCCAAAGCCGUCGCUCCCAGCUCAUGAUGCGCACCCGGAUCGCUGCCCAGGGCUUCACUGUUGCAGCCAUCUUGGUGGGUCUGGCUGUAUCUGCUAUGAAGCCUCGACACUGAGCCCCCAGCCGGGCCUUGAAAGCGCCGGGGGAUCAUUCGCACCGCAGGAGCAACCACCGCCAUGCCAGGGGUCUUACCCUCUUAUCUUCUCUAACAGGCCCCAGUGUUGAUGGGGAAGGAAGUGGCGGGUUCCCCCAGCCCGGCCUGAUUGUGUAACCAACAGAAUUUUUUCGGAAUCCCAGGUUCGGUUCAGUUCGGGUGUUGUAUACUUCUGUCUGUGCCUUAUCUCCUCCACUCCCUACUGAAUAAACCCUGAUCCACUUGUAGUGAUGAAUUCAUUCUCAGUCUCACUCAUGGUUUGGAGAGGAGACAGUUUUCAGACUGGAGGGACCCUUAGAAAUCAUCUAGCAUAGUGAUUCUCAAACUUUCCUAGUAACAGUGACCUGUGGCGCUUGUUAAGAGAUUCCAAGGUCCUUUGCCUAGAGAUACUAGUUCAUUAGGUCUAGAGUGAUGCUUAUAAUUCGGUAAUUUGAGAAAAACUGAUCUAGCCAAUACUUUCCAAGCUUUCAGUAGGAAAACCUUCCUUCAGAAGAGGCUGUCAUAAAACAGUGUGCUAUAGUCCUGUCAGAGGCAGGAACUGUCUCUAUUCCCACCUCCUGACGGUCCCUUCCCAGUGCUCGAUGUAUCUUACAGAACAGGAAACUGAGGCUCAAAGAAACAGCCUGGUAUAGUGGAAACAGCAUAGUCUAAAAGCUCUUCAAUGGUUUGUGUACUUAGGGUUUUAGGAUUAUGGAAGACAUGAGGCCAGGGGACCUGAGCAAACGCUAAAAGAGAGGCAACCCGUGUGCGAUAUAGUGAAUUACUGUAAUAUGUCCCUUAUAGCCAUGGUCUUGUGAUUGUCAUACAAUGAUUGGGUGGGACUAUUCAAGUAAGGUGCUUGUGACCCACCAAGGGGAUUGGCCAGCCUGCUAAUAAUGCAAAUAAGGUGCAUGGAACCCUUGUUGGGGGGUGGGACCAUGCCAGUAAGGUAUAUGGAACUCUAACAAGGGAUUGGUCAGUUUUACCAUCCUGCUAGGCUUAAUGGGAGCAAAUCCCACAGGCAGAAGGGGACCUGACUACCAUCAAGAAGAGCCAGGACCAGAGCAUGUCCUUUGGAUCCAGGGUCCCUGUGCUGAGAAACUCCUAGACCCCAGGAGACAGAGCUAUAACACUGGAGACCGCGAGAAGUGGCAGCAGAGAACUGGAGGCAGGAGACUGGAACAAGACUGCCUGGUGGGCUUCCAGACCCAUGGAGCAUGGCGGCAGCAGUGGGCAUGCUGACCCCUCGAGUAGAGGGGGCUGAGAGCCUUCGGGCAGGAGGCUUCCUAGUGGAGUAGGGUGCCUCUGGGCACUUAUUGGUGGAGCUAAAGAGCUUUUUAACACUUCCCUGAGCAGGGCAGAGACCAGGGCCAAGAGGAGGCCUGUCCUCAGGGGGCGUGCACAGCAGAGAGAAGGGCCUGCUUGCUUGCACUGCCAAGAGGAGCUGAAACGGCUGUCCUGCAGGGAAGAAGGGAGGGAUGUGCUCUCCACUUCAGGGGUGCAUUCCAGACUUCGGCUACAUGCUUCCUGAUCCUGAUACUGAGUUGAACCUGUUACUUCCCUAAUAAACCCUGUCAUGGAUUGAAUUGUGUUGCCCCAAAAAUGUGUGUAGCAACUUGGCUAGGUCAUGAUU